AUGACGACCGCACCGCAUUUGCCAGCCAAGGCACACAGCACUGAAGAUGUGCACCCACGACCUAAAGGUAUCCUAAAGAACAGCAAGUCCUUCCAGGCGGCUCCCGUCUCUGCGCCCGCUGCCGUCUCACCCGCCAUUCCCUCUGUCACCGAACCCGAAGACACCAAGGAACUCACACUCCAAAACACCCUGGUGAACGCCGGACGCCGUCGAUCUUCUUCCACCGCCCAACCAGGGUCAUCCUCCCGCCGCCAAUCCCUCGCCAGCCAGCAAGACGACAACGAGCCCCGCCUGAAGUGGGAUGAAGCAAACCUGUACCUGACCGAGCAGGAGCGCACUGCGAAAAUGAAGAUCGACGAGCCAAAGACCCCCUACGCGCCGCACUACGACCCCGCCGAAGACGAGGAGGAGCUUCGGCUUGAAGAGGCAAAGGAGAGUCUUAUUGACCCUCAAGAUGUGGUGGUAGAUGAGUUGGACAAGACUACUCCCGGCGGCCACCAUAAGCAGGGUGUGUCGGAAGAGGAUAUCCCGGAUCUGGAGCUAGGGGAGGCUGAAGAGGGCAUGAUCGGCCAGGAGAGCCCCGAACAGCGUAUUUACCGCGAGCGCAGUAUGAGCAUGGAGUCGCAUAAGAGUGAUAAGCAUGUUGUCGUUGACCCUGAUAUGAAUGGCGAUGCGGCCGCGGGCGGUGAUGAUCUUUUGACCACCGAGGAGGCCAAGGAGAAGCAUCGCCAGUUUGAGGAGCAUCGGAAGAAGCACUAUGAGAUGAGGAAUAUCAAGGAGCUGCUUGCGCACCCCGAAGAAUUGGACGAAGAUGAAAUGGACGAAAACGAGGACACGACUGAACCUUCCGUCCCUCAGAUCCCUCAGCAAUUCCGCAACGGCGGUCGAUGA